AUGUCCAAAGUAUAUAUUCCAACCACAAACAUCGGUAAAGCACAUGAUGCUGAUAUUUAUUCUAUCUGUGUUACUUCACCAUUUACAAUUACAUGUAGUGGUGAUGGUACAUUAAAACUAUGGUCAAACUCUCAGCCUGCGAAGACUACCUCCGAGAACUCUGAAGAUUUUGAUAGUGGUAAUAUAUCUAUGAGUCUAUUGCGUGUCAAACCUGAUGUAGCACAGUUUGUAGAUGGCAGUGGCUUACAUCAUGUAGAUGCAUUCUAUAGUGUUGAAAACAAUGAUAUCGGAACCAUUCUUAUUAUUGCUACGGUAUCAUUUAGUGGCACAAUUUACUUCUAUCAAUAUGACAAUGAGACUCGUCAACUGAUCCUACUUGACUCGAUGUUAACAACCGAUGAAUUAAAAAAGUCAUACUGGUCAAUUAAAUGGAUUAAAAGUGAUGACCUAGUUGUCUCUCAUAGAUUUGUUUCAUGUGACAUUAAAGGUAACACGUAUGUCUGGAAAUUCCAAAUUAAAAACCCCGACACCAACAAUUUAGAGUUAAAAUUGAUUCCACAAGGUAUCAUCCCAUCCAAUAAACCUGUCGUUGCAAUGUGCGUUGAUGUCUCAGCGAAAAGAGGUUUGAUCGCUACAGGGUUUGCUAAUGGCACAGUCAUCGUUUCACAAUUGGCCACCUUAAGACCACUUUACACAUUUGAAGGAUUUGGUAUUCAAGGUAUAGAUUCAACAAGUAGUAAUUCUGUAAGAACUUUGCAAUUUAGUCCCGGUGGGACGUUACUCGCUGUAGGUAACGAUUGUGGAUCCUUUGGAUGUGUCACUUUAUAUGAAACAGAGUUUGGAGAACGUGUUGGAUCCCUAACUGUUCCCUUAGGUAUAGAAUCCCUGUCCAGUGGGGGAUCUACUGGUAACACUGGUUCUACAGGUGGUCCAAAGAAAGGUAGCAUUGGAACAUUCGCACAUAAUGGAUGGGUAUUCAAUUUGUGUUUUAAUCCUAGUGGAGAAUAUUUGGCUACAUGUGGGUACGAUGCCAAAAUCAGAAUAUGGGAUAUAAAGACAAAGGAAAGAGUAGCCACAUUAAAUAUUAGCGCCAACGACAUUGAAAUAGAAGAAGAUAUCAUGUUGGAAGAUGAACAAGGUGAUUCUUUGAAUCAACCACCCAUUUUUGAUGUUAAGUAUUUUGCCAAGGGAAUUUGUUCCAACAAUAGGUCGAUGGAAAACGAAAGUAAUGAGGGAUUAUGUUGUGUCUGUAUGGAUAGAAGUAUAAGAUGGUUUAGAGAAGCAGGUAAAUAA